AUGGGAUUCAAAGAUCUAAGUGUUUUCAAUGAUGCUCUCCUUGGGCGUCAGGCUUGGCGUCUUGUUCGUGCGCCACACUCCUUAUUUGGGCGCGUCAUGAAGGCCAAGUAUUUCCCUAAAUGUGAUUUUCUUGAGGCUUCUAUGGGUUAUUCGUGCAGUUACUCUUGGAAAAGUAUUUGGAGUUCAAAGGCGCUUCUGAAAGAUGGAUGUAUUUGGAGAGUGGGAAGUGGUGAAAGAAUUAAUGUGUGGACUGAUCCUUGGGUUGCUAGUGAUGAGGGGCGUUUCAUUUCGAGUGAUCCGAUUGUAGGAGUGGAAAAAGUGAGUGAUCUUAUUGACUCCCGCACCCAUGAGUGGAAAGUGAACUUGAUAGAAGAGAGUUUCCAGGAGAAAGAUGUUGAGAGCAUUCUAGCUAUCCCUUUGAGUUGUUUGAAUCUUGACGAUGAAGUAACAUGGGCACUCACUAAGAAUGGGCAUUAUUCUGUUAAAACGGCAUACAUGCUUGGGAAGGGAGGUAAUCUUGACUCUUUUCAUCAAGCAUGGGUUGAUAUUUGGAGCAUGGAAGCUAGUCCCAAUGUUAGGCACUUUCUUUGGCGGUUAUGCACUAACUCUCUCCCUACUCGUUCUCUUCUUAAAUUUCGCCACCUUAUUGAUGAUGAUGGGUGCCCAUGGGGCUGUGGUGCUGCUGAAUCCACGUCCCAUGCUGUUUUUGAGUGCCCUCGGGUUUAUGAUGUUUGGGUAGAGUGUGGGUGUGCUGAGAUGUGCACUGAUGCUUCGAGUUUGUCAAUGUGUGAUCUAGUGGAGAGUUGA